AUGUUUCCUCUGUGCAAAGCCUGCGCUGAUACGUGUAACCAAGCCCCUUGUACUCAUUCCGAGCGUGAAAGAGCUAUCCAAGGAACCUGGUGCAGCGUGGAAUUAGAGAAAGCCCUGGAGAAAGGUUACCAUAUCCUCCAAAUGCACGAAGUGUGGCAUUUUCCCGAAACCUCCGACGCGCUGUUCAAGGAUUAUGUGGACAAUUUCCUCAAAAUCAAGCAAGAAUCCAGUGGUUAUCCCAAGAAUUGUGUCACCGAGGAACAGAAACAGCAGUACGUCGACGAAUACUUGGCAGUCGAAGGUAUACAGCUAGACCGAGAAAAGAUCGAACACAAUCCUGGGAUGCGUGCACUGUCCAAACUGAUGUUGAAUUCGUUUUGGGGUAGGUAUUUUUUAAACGAUAAUGUUCUCGCAAGGACGGCGAGGUAAACUUAUCUUUUACAGGUACUUAUAUUAGAUUUUUUCCCCUUAGGAAAAUUCGCACAACGGUCCAAUAUGGCCAAAGUAGAACUGAUUAAAGAUCCCCAAGUGUACUUCGACUAUCUAUCGUCGGAUGAAAUCAAUGUUCUCGACGUGAGAUUCGUAAGCGACGAAAUGGUUGAGCUUCGUUACGAGUACGAGAACUUCGUCGAACCCAACGCCAGAACGAACGUAGUCAUCGCCGCCUUUACCACCGCUUAUGCCCGUCUCAAACUCUAUGGGGUGUUGGCCAAUUGA